CGUCGAAUGAGUUUGGCCUCGUCAAUUUGAGUUGAAACCAAGAACGCUGCCGUCAGCACAAUGACAGAAUCUUUUGGACGGAACUAUAUUAUUGACUUGUUUUCAAGAUGUCGCAAUUCUCGUCAGUUAGUACUUUUCAUCGUCUUCAUCGCCCUUUUCCUAGACAACAUGCUGUUGACAACAGUAGUUCCAAUCAUUCCGAACUUCCUUUAUUUAACGCAAAACAAGGAAAUCCUUGUUAAUGACACUCGACAAGUACUGGUCAAUGUAACCGAGCCAGCGGUCAUCGAAACCAUAUGCUACAAUGUGACCAAAAAUAGAGAUUUCAAUGAAACGGAACGGGAAGGUCUCAUGAAAUAUAUCAAGAAACUCGCCAAAACCUAUGUUCCGCCGACACCACAGAGCUACAUGUGCGAGAAUAUUACGGUGGCUCCACAAGGCUACACAGAAAGUUAUGUGACUGAAUCUAACCUGGUGUAUGUGCCACAAACUCGACACCAGUUUCUAAGACACGCGACAGUGGUGGUAGGAUUGAUGUUUGCUUCGAAAGCUGUCGUACAGUUAAUCACUAACCCAUUUCUUGGACCAAUCACCAACAGGGUUGGUUAUAGUAUACCAAUGUUCACCGGUUUCGUUGUAAUGAUGGUGUCAACGAUAGUUUUUGCUUUCGCCAAUUCCUACUCCACAUUAUUCCUUGCCAGAUCCAUUCAAGGAAUCGGCUCUGCUUGUUCCAGUGUUUCAGGUAUGGGAAUGUUAGCAGAUAGAUAUCCAAACGAUGCUGAGAGAGGUAAAGCGAUGGGUAUUGCUCUCGGUGGCCUCGCUAUGGGAGUUUUAGUCGGUCCUCCUUUUGGUGGUAUAAUGUAUCAAUUUGGUGGUAAAGAAUUGCCGUUUCUCAUAUUAGCCUGCAUCGCUGUUAUUGACGGCUGUUUGCAGUUGAUAGUAUUACAGCUGAAAGUAAAACCAGAAGCACAAGAAGGAACCUCAUUAAAAGACUUAAUCAGAGACCCCUAUAUUUUGGUAGCUGCUGCCGAAAACCAUUCCAGCCGUGAACAGCGUGGCUGA